AUGAUGUCCUACUUGAAGCAGCCCCCCUACACAGUCAACGGGCUGAGUUUGUCUGCCCCCGGGGUGGACCUGCUGCACCCUUCUGUGGGAUAUCAAGGUAAAAUCGUGUGCAUGCCUGCAGGGACGCCGAGGAAGCAGAGGCGGGAGAGGACCACAUUCACCAGGGCCCAGUUGGACGUGCUGGAGAACCUGUUCACCAAGACCCGAUACCCGGACAUUUUCAUGAGGGAGGAGGUGGCUCUCAAGAUCAAUUUGCCUGAGUCCAGAGUACAGGUUUGGUUCAAAAAUCGAAGGGCCAAGCAUCGCCAACAGGCCCAGCAGACCCAAAACGGAGCACCGAGCAAACCGUCUAGCACUAGGCCGGUGAAAAAGAAAGCCUCUCCGGUCCGGGAGGCCAGCUCGGACAGCGGGGCUAGCGGUCAAUUCACGCCGCCCUCCAACGCCUCUCUUCCGGCCGUGAGCAGCGCAGCGGCGCCGGUGUCCAUCUGGAGCCCGGCUUCAAUCUCCCCUCUAUCCGAUCCCAUGUCGACUUCCUCGGCUUCCUCCUGCAUGCAGCGCUCCUACCCGGUGACGUACACCCAGGCCACGUCGGGCUACAACCAGGGCUACACGGGCUCGUCAUCAUACUUCCCCGGCAUGGACUGCAGCUCGUACCUCUCACCGAUGCACCACCACCAUCAACUUAGCUCCGCCAUGAGCCCCAUGGGCAACGGAGGCAGCGGCGCGGUGUCCAGCCACCUAAACCCGGCGUCCUCGCUCUCCUCGUCGGCGUAUGGCUACGGAGGUACCGCGGACUGCCUGGACUAUAAGGACCAGACGGCUUCGUCCGCAUGGAAGCUCAACUUCAACGCGGAUUGUUUGGAUUACAAAGAGCAGCAGGCGGCAUGGAAGUUCCAGGUUUUGUGA